AUGAGAAGCACCCACGCCGCACGCACCGCCGCUCUCGCCACCCUCACGGCGCUCGCCGGGUGCGCCGCGAGCCCCUUCGCGACCACCGAAGCCGACCGCGGCGUCCGCGUCGACCGCCAGCGCCUCGAGUCCAUCGAACGCUUCGACAUCGACCAGUACGCCACGAUGUACGACACCACGAGUUCCGACGAGCUCGCCGAGCCCGUCAACCCCUUCCUCGCCCUGGAAGAAAUCCCUGUCUCCCUCGAGCAGGCCCGCGCCUGGACGCUCGGCAACAACCUCGACCUCCAGGUCACCCUCGUCGACCCCGUCAUCGCCAACACCCGCGUCGAAGAGGAAGAGGCCGCGUGGGAGUGGACCUUCCUCGCCGGCGGCCGCUUCACCAACACCGACCAGCCCACCGCGACCACCCUCUCCGGCAACCAGGUCGAGUUCCAGGGCGCGGACCUGGGCCUGCGCAUCCCCCUCCGCACGGGCGGCGUCGUCGACGUCAGCAUCCCCUUCUCGCGCACCGAGACGGACAACAUCUUCACCAACCCCACCUCGACGGAGACGGACGUCUCCGUCUCCAUCGUCCAGCCGCUGCUCCGCAACGCGGGGCGGCGCACGAACACCCACGCACUGCGCAUCCAGUCCCUCGAGGCGCAGAUCACCGAGGCGUUCACCAAGCUCGAGGUCAUCCGCCAGCUCGCCGAGGCCGACCGCGCCUACUGGACCGUCUACGCCACGCAGGAGGCCCUCCGCGUCGCGUACGAGCAGUACCAGCUCGCCGUCACGCAGCUCGACGUCGCCAAGCGCCGCUUCAACGCGCGCGUCGUCCCGGAGGUCGAGGUCGUCCGCGCCGAAGAGGGCGUCGCCCAGCGCAUCUUCGCCAUCAUCAACGCCCAGAACAGCUACCAGGCCGCCCAGCGCAACAUCAAGCGCAUCAUGAACGUCGACGGCCUGGAGAUGGACUCGGACACCCUCAUCGUCCUCGCGUCCGACCCCGACCCCGUCCGCUACAACAUCGAAGCGGACCACAUGAUCGACGCCGCCCUCGCCCAGCGCAUGGAGCUCCUCGAGCUCGAGCUCCGGCUCGCCCAGGACUACUCCACCAUCGAGUUUCAGAAAAACCAGGCCCUCCCCCUCGCCACCCUCGACUACACCUACCGCUCCAACGGACUGGGCACCGGCUACACCGGCGCCCUCGACCUCGCGAGCCGCUUCGAGUUCGAGGACCACUCCGUCGGUUUCAACGUCGAGGUCCCCAUCGGCAACGAGGCCGCCGAGGCGCGCGUCCACCGCGCCAUCCUCUCCCGCCUCCAGCGUCUCGCCACGAAGGACGCCCGCGAGCAGGCCAUCACGCGCGAGGUCCUCGACACGCUCGACGCGAUGGAGACCACCUGGCAGCGCAUCGUCGCCGCGCAGCGCACCGUCGUCCUCUCCCAGCGCGUCCUCCAGGGCGAGCAGAACCAGUUCGAGGCCGGCACGCGCACCAGCACCGAAGUCCUCGACGCCGCGACACGCCUCGCCGAGGCGCAGAUCGCCGAGAUCCGCGCCCUCGUCGACUACCAGAUCUCCCAGGUCGACCUCGCCUUCGCCACCGGAACACUCCUCGGCGCUUCAAGGGUCCGCUGGCAACCCGUCGACCCGCGUGGCCCGGAGGACUUCUACGGCGACCACACCUUCGACGAGAACUCCCCGAAGAGCGACCACGGCUGGGACUAA